CUUCUUUAUAUAACACCAGUUUAAAGUAAAGACCCUACAGUGUCAGAGUAAAAAACCCCGACAAUCAGACGAUUAGCUUUGAGCAGCACUUGGUGACAGCAGGAAGGAAGAACUCUCCUUUAACAGGAAGAAACCUCCAGGAGGACCAGGCUCAGGGAGAGGCAGCUGUCUACCUUGUCUGAAAGUCUACAUUUGGAUCUCAGAGAGUAACUUCUCUCCUCUCUCUAAUCACCAACAGUGUCUUUCCACGAGAACUCAAAGAGGUUUUUGCAUCGUGGCGGCAGGAAUGCAGCAACCGAGGUCGACCGGACAUCAGCGAGCGUUUGAUCAGCGCUUCCUUGUUCCUGCGGUUUCUCUGUCCGGCCAUUAUGUCCCCCUCGCUUUUCAAUUUGAUGCAAGAGUAUCCCGACGAUCGCACGGCACGCACGCUCACGCUCAUUGCUAAAGUCACGCAAAACCUGGCAAACUUCACCAAAUUUGGUAACAAGGAAGAAUACAUGUCCUUCAUGAACCAGUUCCUGGAGCACGAGUGGACCAACAUGCAGCGCUUUCUGCUAGAAAUCUCAAACCCAGAGACAAUCUCCAACACAGCGGGCUUUGAGGGCUACAUUGAUCUCGGCAGGGAGCUCUCUACAUUGCACUCCCUUCUUUCAGAGGUGGUCUCCCAGAUGGACCAGGUACUUAAAAAUAUGUUGGUCAUUAGCUGUCCAUCAAGAUCUGUGUGUGGUCAGCCGUCUGCGCAAGAGAGACAAAGAAGAGAGUGCAGGCAGGGUGGCGUGAGCAAAGAUGGGUGUCAGGGGUGAUUUGUGACAGAAGCAUAGCCGUGAAAGGGAAGGUUUUCAAGACAGUUGUGAGACCUGCUGUGAUUUACGGUUUGGAGGCAAUGGCGUUGACAAAAACACAGGCGGUGGAGCUGGAGGUGUUAAGACUUUCAUUAGUAGUGGCCAGGAUGGACAUGAUUAGAAACUGGACAAAGGACGUUGAACAUGGAGCUGCCAGGGAGGAGGAAAACGGGAAGGACACAGACGGAAGAAGUGAAGGAGGACAUGCAGAUGGUCGGUGUAACAGAAGAGGAUAGGGUGAGGUGAUCUGCCUAAAGGGGAGCAAACGCAGCUGAUGUGCCGCUGCCCCUUUCAGGAAGAGCUCCGUGAGUGACAGGGAGAAGCGCUAAUGGGAGCAGCGCAGCAUAUUGAGUUGAGUUGGGGAUGGCAGCUGAUCAGACAUGAAUGAAACAUUCUGUCACUUUGAAAUUUCUUCCUGAGUGAUGACUCUCCGAUGUAAACAUAAAUCACAGCACGGCCAUUGAUUUAAACUUAAAAUCAGGACUUUACCACAGCUGAGCAGGCGGCCUGAAAAAUGGCUCGUGACGACAGGUUAACGCGCAGUUAAUGGGCCACAUUAGAGUCAAUAUUUCAUAGUCCUUCUGUUGACUGACAUGGAAAAAUGUGUACAUAAAAGCAGAUUUAUUGGAAAUUUGGCUGUAUUGAAAGACCAGCAUAUGUGAGCACAGAGAGAGGGAAGCAGAUAUAAAGC